AUUCUCAAUGUCUCCUCUUGUUUCACUCUUCCUCCUACACAUAGUAACCGCGUCCGCCGCCCAACUCCACCCCGGUUAUUACUUGGGAACUUGCCCAAAAGCCGAGGCCAUAGUCCGAGAUGUCAUGAAGAAGGCUUUCACCAAAGAUCCCCGGAGUCUUGCUUCAAUCAUGCGCUUCCAAUUCCAUGAUUGCUUUGUUAAUGGUUGUGACGCUUCUUUGUUACUUGAUGACACACCAACCAUGCUAGGAGAAAAACUCAGCCUCGCAAAUAUAAAUUCAUUAAGAUCUUAUGAAGUUAUUGAUGAAGCCAAGGCAACCUUGGAGAAGGCCUGUCCCGGAGUUGUUUCUUGCGCCGAUGUCAUAAUCAUGGCUUCUAGAGAUGCUGUUGCCCUGACUGGAGGACCAGAUUGGCAAGUGAAGUUAGGAAGAUUGGAUAGCUUGACAGCAAGCCAAGAAGCCUCAGAUGAUGUCAUGCCAAGUCCAACAUCCAAUGCAACCUUCCUCAUAGACCUCUUUGGCAAAUUCAAUCUCUCUGUCAAAGACCUUGUUGCCCUUUCGGGCUCACACUCCAUUGGCAAAGCUCGGUGCUUCUCCGUCAUGUCUCGG